AUACAUCCAUAAGGUUAAAUGAAGUUCAGUCCUGGGCGCAGGAUCUUUUGCUCAUUCUACUUUCGUGAUAUAUAAAGCCCGGAUAUAAAGUCCCGUAUAAAGUCCCAAUUUUUUUCCUAAAGUUUACUCUUGGUUUCAUGCAGCUCGGAGUACUUCAAAUUUAAUUUUGCGACUUGAAUUAGUUCUACUUUCACAUUGCUAUCUUCGCUCGAUAGCAAUUCGCAGUAUAUAGUACGCGUGCAAUUGAAAUUCUCACGUGUGAUGAAUGAACUGAAUUUGCGCGCGACAAUUGCCAGCUAAAGAAAGGAAAAUAGAUCCUACAGAUUUUAUCACAACGCAAGCAACCAGUGUCAGACAGAAAAAUGACUCAACAGGCCACAAAUAUAGAUCAAUUAAAGACACAAGAUCCAAUUGCACAAUUCAAGCUUGUUUUAGUUGGAGAUGGAGGUACCGGAAAAACCACGUUUGUGAAACGUCAUCUUACUGGAGAGUUUGAAAAGAAAUAUAUUGCAACACUUGGAGUCGAAGUACAUCCGCUCAUGUUCUACACCAAUAGGGGUCCAAUCAAAUUCAAUGUUUGGGACACAGCAGGUCAAGAGAAGUUUGGAGGACUAAGGGACGGUUAUUAUAUCCAAGGGCAGUGUGCCAUCAUCAUGUUUGAUGUCACCUCAAGAGUCACAUACAAGAACGUACCCAACUGGCAUCGUGACUUGGUGAGAGUAUGUGAAAACAUCCCCAUCGUUUUGUGCGGUAACAAAGUCGACGUCAAGGAAAGGAAAGUCAAGGCAAAGACCAUCACCUUCCACAGGAAAAAAAACCUUCAAUAUUAUGACAUCAGUGCAAAGAGCAAUUACAACUUUGAGAAACCUUUCUUGUGGCUGACCCGUAAACUCUGUGGUGAUGCCGAGAUUCAGUUUGUGGAGAUGCCUGCCCUUCAGCCACCCGAAGUCAAUAUGGACCCCAGCCUUCGAGUCCAGUACGAGACUGAGCUUGCGGAGGCACAGAACACUGCGUUACCCGAGGAUGAUGACGAAAUAUAAACUCCUUCUAUUUCAUUUUACAAAAUAUUUGUUUAGUUUAUAAAUGCAAGACCGGUUUUGUGUGUUGUCUUUAUCCGUGAAGGGAUGUUAUUUUGUCAGAAAACAUGAAUUCCAUUAUGAAAGUAUAUUUUUUAAUAAACCUGAUGAUAUCAUCGGUUUUGAAAAAAUGGUCCUAUCCAAGAAUUGAUACUUAACAAGACCGCUACAUAAAUUGAAGGAUAAUCCCAUGGUAUAGCAAGGGAUGAAAUUCAACUUAGCCGCCCUAGGUUUAUAAUUUAGAAUGUACGAAGUCGGUGGGGAAGGGCAUAGCUCAAUUAUUUGUCCUGCAGAAUUUUAUCAGGCAUUAGAAUCGAUUCCGUUUAUUUAUACACCUUAAUGAUAAUGUCUGAUAUAAUAUUUCUCAAUUUUUCAUAUUUUUCCCUCCUGCCGCCUAUUUGUAGUACCUGCUUUUAUACAUAUUAUAUUGAUUGUAAACUAUGUUUACCUCAGAGUAUCAAUUUCAUUGCUGUCAUGAUUGCUUUGUAUUAUAAGGAAUGUGACUGAAAGAACAUGUACAUUUUAUUAGUAUUCCUUUAUGUUAUAAACAUGCAUGGAAGGAAAUUGUAAAUAAGUAACUCUGAUUUCAUAUUUUGGUAGCAAAAUUUGUUCACACCAAUGUGACAAACAGAAGAAAGAGACUCCUGCAAACUUCUUGUAGCUCUGGACGUGUGGGUAAAAAAAUCAUCCUAAUUUGACUCCGACAUUUUUUGUAUGAUAUUCAACUUUGUAAAAUAGAUGUAUAUGGAUAUGUGUAGUUCUUUGGAUUGUGCAUCAACAUUUUGUCUGCAUUCUUUUUUUAUGAAACCAAAUAUGCUUGUUUCCUAAGAAUUGAGAGGUUCCUUAUUGUGAAACCUUAAUUCUUAAUCUUACACAAUAUUUAUUUUCUUAGAAGUAAAUGAAGUAUUCCACCAUUUUCCUUUUGUGUUUGUAUUAUUUUUUGAAGAACUUUAGAUGUACAUGUAGAAGUCAUAUGCAAGUUAUUCCACUGUUUAAAAAAAAGGGGGGGGGGGUCAUCUGGACAUAAACUUGUGGGCUACCGGGGGUUGCUAAUUGGGUUUUAUUGACCAGCUCUCUCAUGUCGGUUAUAACAAAUACAAGGACAAAUUUCCCCCAUUUUCAUUUGAUUGACCUUUUUUAUUUCUUGAUGAAUAUCGUUCAAGCAGUAAAAAUAAAUCUAUUUUAUAUUGCAGAAGUGAAUGAAUUUUUAAUUUCUUAAUAGUUAAUCUGCCUUCUUUGAUUUAGUUUCGUACAUCAACCAUGUAUAAUAGCUUCAAGCAACUUCAAUAUCCUACUAAUUUUGUCUUUUAUUUACUAUUGGUCCAUGUUAUUGCUUUAUAAAUGUUCAUUAUUUGAUUUGAGGGGUGAGAUAUGUAUACCAGUAUCAAUUUAUGCGCUAUUUACUUGUUCAAUCUGUAUUAACCGUGGCUGCUAAUUCAUGAGGGAUGAGGUUCAGGGGGCUGUUUCACAAAGAGUAUGACUUUUAAGCACUAACAAGUUUAGUGAAACUUACCAUGUAAUCUCUUUGAGUAGCUGUUGCUGUUGCACUGAACCCGCGGGUAUGUUCCAAGGCAACUGGAAUCCCAAGUGCCAUUCACAAUUAGUUACUUGUGUAGCAUUCCCCUCAAUCCCAUAUUCAUUUUAUCCAGGGAAGCGCUUUGUCGUAUUAUAUAUUAUGAUUUGUAAAUAGGGAAUAAAAAGUUGGGUGUGAAAAUUCUUCUAUUUCCUGACUGCAAGGAAACGUAGCCUCUUCGUGUCAAAAGCAAGAUGGGAAUCUGCGGCCACAUGAACAUGUACGAGACUGGCAAGGGCUGGUUCUUGUGAGAUUCUCCAAUCAAAUCACUGCAGAACAUGUGCAAGGUUGCCAAACAAAAGGCCUUGACUCGAAUAUGUGAUUUCAAGUCAAGUGGUGUAUAUUAAAUUUCCUACCAAGUGAAUCUUGAGUUAUGUACAGACCAUAUAUGAGCUUUAUGGUGCUAUCAUUGUUCGGAAUGAAACUGGAUGUUGCAUCCUUGAGACGAAGGUAACAUUAUGUAGUAAAAAUUCCUUCUAAGCCCAUGUACCCAUUAGUCAACUAGUCGAAACAGAUUCUCUAGGUGUUUUUACUCUGCACCAUCCAUCCAUCUUAGUCAACCAUCCAUAUAUCCUUAACUGUUUUCAUCUAGUUCUUUUUCAAUUGAGGUAGGUCUCAAUACGGAUAUAUGGAGCUUUGCUGUACUAUGGAAACACUUCCGAGUCCUAUUGCAAAUUCAAUUCAUAGGAAAUUUGAAAUCAUGAAGUAAAAGAAUAAUUUUCUUUCAGAGAUUCCAAUCAAGUGUUGUGUCUUGUUUUUGUCAACAGUGGAGCUUGUGCCCUGAACUUGGGUUUAAUUAAACUUUGUUCUUAAUGCUUGGAUGAAUUAUGGAAAGCCAAAUAUAACACAAAUCUCAAACCAUAGAGCUUUGAUCCGUCAGCUCACUUCGUUUCACCAUUAAAGCACGGUGAAAUUUAAAGAUUAACAUAAAUUUACGAUGUAAACAUGUUUUUGACAAUUUCAGCGUCCCAGUUUUAGCAGACUUGGGACUAUGGCCUUUGAUUUGUGAGUACAGGCCUGUAAGUUUAAACUGACUGCUCAAAGUAAGAGUUUGGAGUUGAUGAUAUUGAAGGUCAGCUCCAGACACCCAUGUCAUAAUAGAAAUGUUUAUAGAUACUUAAACCAUGAACUACCAUUGGUUCCACUUUAAUAUACAUUUUUCAUAGAAUAUAAAAGAGUAUAAAAGUUAUCUUGCUUAUACGGCUAAACAGUUUAAUUAAACAUACACAGUUGAAGUUUACAUGACAUGCUGUAGUAUGCACAAGAAAUUGGGGGAUACCUUAAAUUCUGCCCCAUUCGCAUUCAACAAUGCUAUAAUACCCAGUAAUUUAGCUCAUCUGCAAUUUGAAUGCUGCAUCACAUAUCUCUAUGCGUGAUAUCUAUGUGUUAUGUGUACAUAAGAAUUUGUGCUGGUAACAAACCCAACACAAAUAUUAAAUUUUUGUAGUAUUUUGCAUGCAAAAGAGGGUUUGGGAAAUAUCUUUACCCUUGAGCAUGAUUAUGUCAGUUGCGGAAAAGGUGAAAUACUGGUUCCCGCCAAAACAUCCCCAUUUUGCUCUCAAAAUACUGCAAUUAGGUUUAUUUGGUUGGUAUCUCUGAAUACCUAGGAAAAAAUGGAAUUGUAAUUAAUACCAAUUUGUUUCUGAUCAUUUUCUGUUUCUUUUCAAAUACAUUUGUAAUAACAAUAUGUGAUGAUUACAGAAGUGCAUUGUAAAUGUGUGUUUUAUCACAGAUGACACUUAUUAAUUGUGGGCUAAAAUUAAAAUCAGAAUGGUUUGAAUUUGCAGAAGAAA